CAUUCAGUUCAAUGAAACCACUUUAGAGCCUCGAAAUGAGAAGAUAAGGAAGAUAUUGAUAGAUGAGAUCGAAUCGACCACCGGCUGGUGCACCAUGACGAAAUGGCACCUCACUUAUUCACCCAUACUCGUGUAUCUACGUCACUUCCCCAUAGAUUCACCCCUCCACACUCCGUCCUCCCUGCGCAUUCCUCUUGCUCCCCAGGAGCUGACCGCUUCCCCUCCCUGCUCCUCACCGUCGUGUCCAAAACAUUCCAUCGACACCGCUCCUCUCACUGCACGAUCCGCGUUCCGGUUUUUAGCGUUCCGGUUCUUAGCGUUCCGGUUUGUAGCGUUCCGGUUAGACCGGACUGUGAGCCCGUGUCCGGAGCACAGGACCGGAGUGGCGCCGGGCCGACGGAGACACAGUCGAGGAGAGAGAGGGGUCGGGCGCGCAGGGCAGACUGUUGUUGGCGACGAACAGUGUCGGCGUUGAACGACAGGGGAGGUGGAGACUCGGUUAGAGACAGGGAGGAAAGGCUUAGCACUGCCGGCUAUCAAGGCGGCCGCUCAGAUCAGGGUGAGACAGAAGAUAGGUAAGUGACGAAGGGAGGAGCCGAGCGGACGUGGGGAGUGUCCAAGAACUUUGAAAAUGUUGUGGCGCUGCUGCACGGCGCUGCUGAUACUGUCGGCAUGCUCAGCAGCUGAGGAAAACAACAAAAAGAAUGAAGGACUGGUGAUAGUCACAACUCAGGAAGGCACCGCCGACGGGCACGACAGGUUUCUCCGAUCAGCCAAAGCAGCAGAGGCAGAGGUCAUCGCCUUACCGGCCGGCGAGUCAGCUGACAGCGGCGCUCAAGGUCAAGAGGUCACUCGCCUGAGGGCUCAGCUAGAGCAGUCAGCUGUCUCCCCGCGGCGUUUGGUGCUCGUUCUGCGCGUGCCCACUUCUGACGUCAUCGUGGCUGCUGCCGCCGGAGAGCUACAGGCCGAGUUUGAACAGCAGAAGGGACGCGUAGUAUUCGUGGCUGAUGUGAAAUGUCGACCCGACGAAAAACUGGCCAGCGAGUACCCGGUCGGCCCGGGGUACCGGUUCCUCAACUCGAAUGCGUUUAUUGGUUACGGCCCGGACCUGGUGGCCCUCCUGUCGGACGAGACCCUCCUGAAGGACGGAGGCGACCAACUGGCCUUCACCAAACUAUUCCUGGACGAGAAGCGGAGGGAGAAGUACGGAGUACGCAUCGACAACGCUGCCGAGCUGCUGCAGAACCUCGAGGGAGCCGAAGAAGAGGUGGUGGUGCGCUUCAAGGGUCGGCACGCGUUCCUACAGAACGUGCCACUGAGUACGGUGCCCCUGGUAGCACUGGGCAGCGGCGCCUCCAAACAACACCUGGACACCCUGGGCAACUACCUGGCCGGCGUGUGGGACCCGCGAGAGGGCUGCCGCACCUGCUGGGACGGUCAGAAGGAGCUCGGGGACAAGACGGAUACCUUCCCCCGCGUUCUGCUAGCUGUGUUCAUCGACCAGCCGACUCCUUUCCUCGAGGAGUUCUUCAACAACAUCUGGAAGCUCAACUACCCCAAGAGCAAGAUCGACCUUCUUAUCUACAACGCGGCGCCUUUCCAUGAUAAGAUGGCGGCUGACUUUGUCGAGCACGGCAGCGGGAUUUACGCGUCCGUGAAGUUGAUUGGUCACGAAGAGAAGAUCAGCAAAAUGGCGGCCAGGGAACAGGCCAUUGAAGCGGGCAUGGAAGGAAAAGCAGAGUUCUUCAUGUUCGUUGAUUCUACGGCACACCUGAACAACCCCCACGCUGUAAAGCUGCUCAUUGAACAGAACAGGGACAUCGUGGCGCCGAUGCUGAUACGCCCUUACUCAUUCUGGGCCAACUUCAAGAUUGAGCUUUCGGUAGACAGAAACAACCCCAACGAUAUCUCAUCAGAGUACAAAACCAUUGUAACAAACAAGAGAAAGGGCCUCUGGAACAUGCCCUACAUCUCAGAAUGCUACCUGGUGAAAAGGGCCGUAUUGGAAAAUAAAAACACCCGACCCGACUUCAGCGACGGAAAACAGACAGACGUGCACGAAGUGUUCAGCUCGACCAUGCGUCAGGCGGGUAAAUUUAUGCUGCUGUCGAACCGUAUCGACUUCGGGCACCUGGUGGACCCGGCUGGCUUCGACACGUCCCGCCUGCACAGCGAGAUGUGGCAGAUAUUCGCCAACCGGUGGGACUGGGAGCGCCGAUACAUCCACGAGAACUACUCCAAGGCGCUCGACGAGAGCCUGCCCGUCGCGGAGCCGUGUCCGGAUGUGUUCUGGGUGCCGAUGAUCACCGAACGCUUCUGUCAGGAGCUCAUCGACACGAUGGAGGACUUUGGACAAUGGUCCUCCGGUACGCACGAGGAUUCGCGUAUUGAGGGCGGCUACGAAAGCGUCCCGACCCGCGACAUUCACAUGAAGCAGAUCAACUUUGACCUCGAGUGGCACCAGUUUCUGCGGGAGUACGUCCAGCCCGUACAGAAACGCGUCUUCAUGGGAUACGACUCCGAUCCUCCUCAGGCCAACCUGAAUUUCGUGGUGCGUUACCGUCCUGACGAGCAGCCGGCUCUGCAGCCGCACCACGACGCCUCCACCUACACCAUCAACAUCGCGCUCAACACGCCGCACAAGGACUACGAGGGCGGCGGCUGUCGGUUCGUCCGCCAGGACUGUUCGGUCACGGAGAGCCGGCGAGGCUGGAUGUUGAUGCACCCCGGCCGACUGACCCACUACCACGAGGGACUACCGGCCACCAAGGGCACGCGCUACAUCUUUGUGUCGUUUGUGGACCCUGAGUAGGGUGACGCUAGUGUGGCAUCAGGGCUGGGUGGAGUGGCUAGCAGCAGGCUUGAGUUGUUACAGCAGGUUAUAAAGGAGGAAUGAGUUGGAAUGGAACCUGAAUGGGACGAAGCUGCGUUAGUACUUAGUAGCCAGUGUAUUGGUGUUGAGAAUGGUUAGCUAUGGACUCUGCUAUUUAGGUUUGGAUCGACUGCGACUGGACUUAGUGGACUUUGCUUUGAUAAUGAACUUAGUGGUCAGUGAUCAAGGAAGCCAGAGAAAAUAAUGGACUGAGACAAGAGUCCACGGUACAGCCGAUGCUGGAACAUAUCGAUCAGUGCGGAUCAGUAGACAGCUGAUGAACGUGGUGGCAACUGCAGUGAUGCACAGAUGCUGUGCUCGUUGGACACGUUGGAAGUGCGUGUGACGUAAAAACAGUGUCUUAUGGUGACGGGAGAUAUUAGAUGAAAUGCAUGAUAGUGAGCAAGGCCGUUAAAACGAAAAGGUGAUUUGAGGGUAGUCUCCCUCAGACGCAAUCAUUUUAGGCAAAUGCUACCUUCAAAUGUGAAUGUUGAGCCUGAAAUAAAAUUGGUGUGAUACAAGAUGUGUCCUGGGCAAAUACAGAGACCAGGCUGGUGUGC